AUGAAUAAUUGUUUACGAUUCAUUCGUGAAGGCAGGCAUUGCGCGUUGCGCCAAAUCGGCUCCUUUCCCUCUCAUCCCUUCCAAAUCGAAAGUAAUCCUGAAUUCUUGCAUAAGCCUGAAACAGAGCAUGUGCUGUGCAGUAAAGUCCUCAGUGGAGACAAGGCUUAUAUCAAGAAUAUUACUCGCAAUCGUCCUGUUCUGCGUUAUCACAAGCUGGACAUGUCUUGCAGUCACAUUAAAGCUCGUGUACUUCCUCCGAAAGAUUUGAAGAAGUUGGAUUUUGGUGUGGCUUAUGCUCGCAUUGUCCACGAGAGCUACCAGUUCAUAGAGGAUGAAGUCAGAUCCAGCUAUCACCCGCAAAACAUCUUCUGCUUUUCGGUAGACGUAAAAUCCAGUCGUAAAUUCUAUGCUCGUAUUGAAGCGCUUUCGAAGUGCCUGCCGAAUGUGCUAUUAUCUCCAACGCGCUAUAACAUAAGUAGACACGGACACAAUAUGAACCAAGCACAUUACGACUGUCUGAAACUUUUAUCCGAUUUCAAGGGCUGGCAUUACGUCCUGUUGCUUCAGAAUUACGACAUGAUGAUUAAAACCGUGUAUGAAACGGUAUCAAUCUUAAAAGAGCUUGGUGGAGCCAACGAUGUUUGUGCGAGGCCAUGUGAAAGCGAUAGAUGGAACUACUCGGCAAAUUGGGAUGCUCGUUCGUUGAAACUCUUUCGUAAUGAAUCACAAGCCACGGCAAGACAACUGGCAGGUAAAGUAACUAUGGUUCGCGGAAUUGUGCAGUCUGCAUUAUCCCGAGAUGCUGUCGAAUGGGCUGUUAAAACUGUUGAUUUGACCACGCUUAUCAACCAGCUGAACCUACAUGUUCGUGGAGCAGACGAGACGCUUUGGGCCGCUUUGCAAAUGAGCGAUGAUCUCGAAAUGCCAGGAAGAUUCACCGAAAAAUGCAUUAGCGAAAAAACUUAUGUUCCCUGUAUAUCGAGGUUAGCAACUCUACCAGGUGCAAAACUAGUGUUUUUCACAAAACAUUUGAAGGCAGGUUUGGAUGGCAAGGUUGAGGGUAAUGAGCUUCCAUUGUUUCGUUAA